AUGGACACCGGUUGCUUUGUUCAGUUGAAUGAUUUAAGAGGGAAGGAGGGUCUGGUUCACGUUUCACAAAUGGCAACUCAGCGAAUUAGCAAUGCUAAGGAUGUGGUGAAGAGGGAUCAGGAAGUUUAUGUGAAGGUGAUUUCAAUUUCAGGUCAGAAGUUGAGCCUUUCAAUGAGGGACGUUGAUCAACAUACAGGGAAGGAUUUGCUCCCCUUGAAGAAGAGCUCAGAGGAUGAUGCUCUUAGGACGAACCCAUCUUUUUCAAAGGAUGGACCUGUGACUAGGACUGGUCUUUCUGGGAUUAGGAUUGUGGAAGAGGAUGAUGUUGGCCCAUCACGCCGGCCAUUGAAGAGAAUGAGCUCGCCGGAGAAGUGGGAAGCCAAACAGUUGAUUGCCUCAGGUGUUUUGGGUGUUACAGAGUAUCCUAUGUAUGAUGAGGAAACCGAUGGGAUGCUUUAUCAAGAAGAGGGAGCUGAGGAAGAGCUUGAGAUUGAGCUCAAUGAGGAUGAGCCAACCUUUUUAAAUGGACAGAGCAGGUAUUCUGUUGAUAUGUCACCUGUGAAAAUCUUUAAGAAUCCAGAAGGGUCACUAGGUCGUGCAGCUGCUCUUCAGUCUGCACUCAUUAAGGAGCGUAGAGAAGUGCGUGAGCAGCAGCAAAGAACCAUGUUGGAUUCUAUCCCAAAGGAUCUCAAUCGUCCCUGGGAAGAUCCAAUGCCAGAGACUGGUGAGAGGCAUCUUGCACAAGAACUUAGAGGUGUUGGUUUGUCGGCAUAUGAUAUGCCUGAGUGGAAGAAGGAUGCUUUUGGGAAAACCAUCAGUUUUGGGCAGAGGUCUAAACUCUCAAUCCAGGAACAGAGGCAGAGCUUGCCUAUCUACAAGCUGAAGAAAGAAUUGAUUGCAGCGGUGCAUGAGAACCAAGUGCUUGUUGUCAUUGGUGAGACUGGUUCGGGUAAGACAACACAGGUAACGCAGUAUCUUGCAGAAGCGGGUUACACGACAAUGGGUAAGAUUGGUUGUACACAGCCACGUAGGGUGGCUGCCAUGUCCUUGGCCAAGAGGGUUGCUGAAGAGUUUGGUUGUCGUUUAGGAGAGGAAGUUGGUUAUGCAAUUCGUUUUGAGGAUUGCACUGGUCCAGAUACUGUCAUCAAGUACAUGACUGAUGGUAUGCUUCUUAGGGAGAUUUUGAUUGACGAGAACCUUUCUCAGUAUUCUGUGGUCAUGCUUGAUGAAGCUCAUGAGAGGACAAUCCACAAAGAUGUUCUUUUUGGACUACUGAAGAAGCUUGUGAAGCGGAGACCAGACCUUCGUUUGAUUGUCACAUCUGCUACUUUGGAUGCGGAGAAGUUUUCCGGUUAUUUCUUCAACUGUAACAUCUUCACUAUCCCUGGGAGAACUUUUCCUGUAGAGAUACUGUACACUAAACAGCCGGAAAGUGACUACCUUGAUGCAUGUCUAAUAACUGUUCUACAAAUACACUUGACAGAACCUGAAGGUGACAUCCUUCUUUUCUUGACUGGACAAGAAGAGAUUGAUUUUGCAUGCCAGUCUCUUUAUGAGAGGAUGAAAGGUCUUGGUAAAAAUGUCCCUGAGUUGAUUAUCCUACCAGUGUAUAGUGCCCUUCCUAGUGAAAUGCAGUCAAGGAUAUUUGAUCCUGCCCCACCUGGUAAGAGGAAAGUAGUUGUGUCUACUAAUAUUGCUGAGGCAUCACUGACCAUUGAUGGGAUAUUUUAUGUCAUUGAUCCUGGUUUUGCAAAGCAAAAUGUUUAUAACCCAAAGCAGGGAUUAGAUUCACUGGUCAUAACUCCAAUUUCCCAAGCAUCAGCCAAGCAAUGA